ACUAAUUACUCAAACAUGCAGACCAAGAUCCUGAGUCUCCUUCACGUUCUCAGUAUCGGUGCCAUUAUCAAUCCGUUACAUGGGUAUCAGAAUCAAAGCUGGCAUUAUAACAACAGUAAUACGGAAUGGACGUUAACAAACUUACUAGAAUUAGGUGUUGGAGCAGUGAACUUUCUCAAACAGAAUCAACAUUAUAUUGAACAGGAAGUACCGAACACGACACCACAAUCCGGAAAUACAUAUGACUUUAUAAUAAUCGGUGCUGGUACUGCCGGCGCAACCUUAGCCGCAAGAUUGAGCGAGAUUUCUCAAUUCAAGGUACUACUGAUCGAAGCUGGUAUCCACGAAAACCUUUUUAUGGAUAUUCCAGUACUCGCUGCUGCCCUACAGGCGAGUAAUAUCAUUAAUUGGAAUUACCGAACCAAACCGUCCAACAAGUAUUGUCGCGGCAUGAAAAAUAAUAGUUGCCCUUAUCCGAGAGGAAAAGUAGUUGGUGGCAGCAGUGUGUUAAACUUUAUGAUAGCUAGUAGAGGCGGUGCCGAAGAUUACGAUCGAUGGGCCGAGUUGGGCAACGAAGGUUGGGCAUACAAGGACGUUCUUAAAUAUUUUAAAAAACUGGAAACAUUUGAUAUUCAAGAGCUGGAGGCAAAUAAUACCUAUCAUGGUACCGAAGGACCAGUACAUAUCACUUACCCGAGAUUUCGUACACCAUUGGCAGAAGCUUUUCUAAAAGCAAGCACGGAGAUGGGAUAUCCGCUAACAGAUUACAACGGGAAAAACGAAACAGGUUUCUCAUAUUUACAGACAACGAUUAUGAACGGCAACCGCAUGAGUAGCAAUACGGCAUACUUGCAUCCAGUACACGAUCGCAAUAAUCUUUAUAUGACUCUUCAGAGCACGGUGACAAAAAUACUGAUUGACCGUAUCACAAAUCGAGCAAAAGGCGCACAGUUCAUCAAGCAUGGUAAAACUAUAAGUGUAUUUGCGAAAAAAGAAGUGAUUCUAUGCGCAGGUGCUAUCGGAUCACCACAAUUGUUGAUGCUGUCAGGUAUUGGACCAGCGAAACAUCUUACUAAACUGGGCAUAGACGUAGUAAAAGACGCGCCAGUCGGCGAGAAUCUUAUGGAUCAUACUGCUUUUUUUGGAUUAACGUGGACAAUAAACGCACCGUUAAAUUUAAUCCUAUACGAUGCUUUCAAUCCCUUUAAAAAUCCAUUUGUAUCGGAAUAUUUAAACAAACAAACGGGACCAUUAACGAUGUCAGGCGGAUGCGAGGCCCUUGGUUUCAUUAAUACAAAACAAUCAGAAAGGGAUAAAGGUUUACCGGAUAUCGAACUAUUGUUUAACGCCGUUACAAUAAAAGAUUUUCUUCUUCCAAAAAUUUUACUUAAUCUUAAAGACUCAAUAUUUCAACAAUGGUCCAAGUACCAAAACAGUUACGGUUGGAACGUUCUAGUAAUAUUGUUAAAACCAAAAAGCCGUGGAAGAAUAACAUUAUUAGCUAAUGAUGUUAAUGUUAAACCAGAAAUUGUGCCAAAUUUUUUUGACGACCCAGACGACGUAAAAACCAUGAUCGCGGGUAUUAGAACUGCGAUACGCCUUGGUCAAACAAAAGCAAUGCAGACGUUUGACUCUCAAUUGAUAAAUAUUACGUAUACAGAAUGUAAUAAGUACAAAUAUGAUUCUGAUACUUAUUGGGAAUGUGUAAUAAGGAUAAUAACUGCCACGCUUUAUCAUCCUUGCGGCACUUGUAAAAUGGGACCUAUUGGAGACCCAACUGCUGUCGUCGACCCCAGAUUAAAGGUAAUCGGUGUUCAAGGUUUACGAGUGGUAGAUGCCUCUAUUAUGCCCGAAAUUAUAUCGGGCCACACAAAUAUUCCUGUAUAUAUGAUUGCCGAAAAAGCAGCAGAUAUGAUUAAAGAAGAAUGGAAUCACUUGGUGAAAUCACGAACAUAAUAUACUUUCAUGAAAUAACUAUGCGCAUAUGUGUGUGUGAAUGAUAAAUAUUCA